UUGCAGCACUUGUUUCCACCCGAGUCACGAUGGUAACCGCACCGACUUUCAUGACGAUCAAACCGUAUUCACCCGGUUGAUGUUGUUCAAUGGACUGACCCUUGCCAAAUGAGAUGCUGCUGAAAGAUCUCCCACGGGAGGCGCUGCUGCGGCCGCUGACCAGGAAUGAGGUGGUUGGAAUGCUGCUAAGGUUGACCAUCUUUGGCGCUGCCACAUACUACAGUAUCAAAUGGGUCAUGGAAGCCAUGGACCCAACUCAGAAGCAGAAAAACCUGGCCAAGAAAAAGGCAGAGCUGCUGAUGAAAAGGAUUGGUGUGGAGGGAGUCAAACUCACAGAGUAUGAGAUGAACAUCGCGUCACUCCUAGUGGACCCACGAUCAAUAAAGGUGACCUGGAGGGACGUAGCAGGGCUGGACGAGGUCAUCUAUGAGCUGCAGGACACAGUCAUCCUCCCGUUCCAGAAGAGACACCUCCUGGCUGGAUCCAAGCUCUUCCAGCCACCUAAAGGCGUGCUUUUGUUUGGCCCACCGGGGUGCGGAAAGACUCUGAUCGCCAAGGCAACAGCCAAAGCUUCCGGUUGUCAGUUCAUCAACCUGCAGCCAUCCACGCUGACGGACAAGUGGUACGGUGAAUCACAGAAGCUGACGGCUGCCGUCUUCUCAUUGGCGGUGAAAAUCCAGCCCUGCAUCAUCUUCAUCGAUGAGAUCGACUCCUUCCUGAGGAACCGCUCAAGCCUGGACCACGAGGCCACAGCCAUGAUGAAGGCCCAGUUCAUGAGCCUGUGGGACGGCCUGGACACUGCUGCCACCAGCCAGGUGAUGGUGAUGGGGGCGACCAACAGGCCCCAAGAUGUGGACCCAGCAAUCCUGCGUCGCAUGCCCACCACCUUUCAUGUUGGCUUGCCUAAAACAAGAGAGAGACAAGAGAUCCUGAAGCUCAUCUUGGCGGGAGAGAACCUGAGCAACGCCAUCAACCUGAAGGAGGUCGCUGAGAAGACGGACGGCUUCUCGGGCAGUGACCUGCGCGAGCUGUGUCGCGACGCGGCCAUGUACCGCGUCAGGGACUACGUCCGCAAGGAGCAGAUGAGGCAGAUCGCCCAGCAGAUGCAGGACCAGGAGGAGGAGCGGCCUUUGGACGAGGAUCACCUGCGUCCCAUCACCCAGCUGGACCUCCUAUUCGGCCUGGACAAGAUGAGGGAGUCCAAGCAGGCUACAACUCUCAUGGGGUCCGGCAUUGCAGACGUGCCGCUGGACUAAAACGGGCAUGUGUGGGUGUGUUUAUGACUCAAUGUGCGUCUGUGUGCGGUGUGGGUGGGGGAUCUUGCCUCAUUUAUCCACCGUCAAUGUUCUGUUUGGCCAUGUGUCUUCCUUUAGUAUCGUUUAUUUAAGCAUGGCUCUCCAUGGCAAGGGCUGCCAGGGGUCCUUUUUAAUCGUAGACGUUGUGUUCCUCUGUGCUCUUGAGCACUGUGCUGCGUUCUUGGCGGACCUCGAUGAUGGACGAUGUGAUAAACGGCGCCCGAGGAACAGAAGGCACUAGCGAGAUAGUAUUCUGAACUGGCCAUCCCUUGCACUCACACUACCCAGAAUGCACUUGUCUGACUCGGGACUUGUCGCGUUUUUUAUCUACUCGGUGUUACCUCGCGGUCGGGGUGAAGGAUCUCCUAUACAUCCCUGACUCGCUUUAUCUAUGUUGGAUAGAAUCCCUGCAGAUAAGGACGUUCAAGUUGCAAAGGCUGUUGUGUUUUGUUCGUCCCCCAGCUAGAAUUUGUAAGCGAUCCAAAACUCUCUCUGUUCCCUUCAGUGUAUACAGCACACCACAGCUAGUGCCACUUUAAAGCUUUUUUAUUUAUUUUUUGUUGUUCUUCCAGAACGGGCAACCUUCCGCUUGUGUCCCAUUGAAUCGAGCAGCAUAUUGUGUCACUGUAAGGAAAUGGAGUAUUGUAAUAUCUGACAGGCGUUCGCCCUGGGAUCCAAACGGUUCUUGGGAGGGCUUAAUACUGCGCUUUAAUUCGUGGCGCUGCCCGGAUUGAUCCAGGAAUUAGAGUGCAGCAGGCAGACAUUACUGCUUUUCUUUGGUUAAUCUUGUCCCAGUGCACGUCGACUGACGCGGUAUCAGCAUGUUGCCCUGGCAACACUGUUCCUCUGACGACCUCCUGGGUGCUGCUCGGUUUCAACCUUGUUUGAAACAAACAAACACCCCUAUGGACUUAGCCUGUACAGGGACCUUCCUUAAGCGUGUUUUGGAUUCAAUUUAGUGUAUGCCCUACAUUAUGGGCACCAUGAUGAAUGUCGUUGAGAUAUCAUUGGCUGUAUCAUAUCAUACUUUAGCAUAAGAACCUUUCACUGUUGUAUUUGCACCGUCACGUCUUCACAGCUGUGAGACGAUGAGGCUUGGUUUGUGUAGCUGUUUGUGUGGUUGUUUGCAUGACUGUGUUUGUGGGGAAAAAGCUUUUUAUUGUUGUAUCUAUGAGGCCAAAACCUGGGAUCUUCUGGGUGAUUGUUGGAUGUUAUUAUUUUAUGUUUUUACAAACACGCACACGUUAACAAGUGUCUGCUGAAAUAUGUUUUAAAUGAUUUACACUUUGAUAGUGAUUCAGAUUUUUUUAUACACAUAGAAUGAACAAUAAUAUUCUGCAUACUAUUUUAUCUCUGCCAUGAUGGUUACCAUGUGUACUUCAUUUCUACCUGCUUGCUAUGGACACACACACACACACACACACACACACACACACACACACACACACACACACACACACACACACACACACACACACACACACACACACACACACACACACACACACACACACACACACAGGCGACACCAGCGAAAUGUAAAUUAAUACUUCCAUCACAAACUGUAAAACAGAAAUUUCAAGAGAACAAAACAUUCCUUGCAUAUCUAAUCAAUCUAUAGUAUUCUAUAUUCUAUAGUCACUGGAGUCUAUACAUGUACAGACGAAAAUGAAAUAUCUGCAGUAUGUUUCAGUAGCCAUGCAGUUGCACCUUGUCUAUGGAUCUAUGACCUCUCUGAUGGAGCCAACUGUUUCCCUCCAUUAUCUGAAGGGUCUGUUGUACAGCAUCUGCUCUCCCUCGUAGACAGCCCAGUAGGCCACAGGGGGGCGCUGUGUCCCCAUGCUCUGAACGUUCACACGGUUUUAGCUCAGAAUUCCUUAGAUUUAAGCAGUUUUUGGGUCUGAAAGGGAAUUAAAUGCACAUUAUAAGGAUUGUUAGGUCAAAAUCCUGAGCAAAUAUAUUUAUUAGGGCUGCCUUUCAAGCAACUAUAUCAACUUCAACUGGGGAUUUAUAUUUUCGGCAUUUGGUUAAUUGAUUCAUAAUUGUCAUUUAAAGAUCAAUAAUGUCGAAGUCCAUCAUAAAUUAUUCAGAAAUUAAGUUUAGGAUGAGGAGCAAGAGUUUUGUCAAUGAUUCAUCGACUAUCUAAAUUCUAAUUAACUGAUUACUUUUACUAAUUGUUGCAGCAGCAAUAAACACCAGUUGUCCUUCAGAUCUGCUCACCAGCAUCUUGUCAGACCUCAUGGUCGUGGUUUCACACACCCCUGCCUCAACAUUGACCUUUGUUGUGGUUAUCAGUGUGUGGCUUUCACCACACGGUAAUGACAUUAAGUUAAAUCGAAGGUUGUGUCACACUCACAUCAGUGACCAAAGGGAAAGACUUCUCCAAGCCUUCACUGGUCUUCUCUUCUGUUAUGUAUAAUAUGACAAACAUGUAUUGCAGAAUAUAAUAAAGGCUUUCUUGCUCUGUAUAUUUAAAUGUCUACAUUUACUCACUCAUUUACUAAAAUAUUUAAGGGUCAAUUAAUAUUCCUUCUAGACAAUUAUGCCUAAUCUGGCACCUCUCCCAGAUGGUGUAUGAAUUUAUGUAGGCGUGUGUGUUUCUUGUUGUAUUAUUCUCAUCAGGAACUAAUAUAUUAAGGUUUUAUUCUCUCAAACCGGCAACGUUUUCUCUGUUUUGGGAAAUGAACCAAAAAGGGGUCCUUUUGGCCAAAUGGUAAACUGGAAGACUGAAGGAACCAUUUGCACACAAACUCAGCUUUUGACACGCCAGCAAUCGGCUGAUGAAAAAAAAACCUGCUUGUUCCUUGUUUUCAAUCCCGGCAUGGCUGCCGGCCAAGGUCGCUGACUAUAUAACUCAGCAGGCUUUAAUCGGGGCCGUAUUAUUUAUUACAGAGUAGCCCACAUCUAUCUCUUCACCUCCCUCACCGUGUUCCCUAAUGUCAGUUGUCAUCUUU